GUAGCGAAGAAGGAACUCGUCACUUGGGCCUGUUGAACAAUAAACUUGCAAAUAAUUAGAAGUGAUCUAAUUUCGAACGAGUUACAUGUCAGUCUGAUAGAUUCACCAUUUUCAUCGACAGAGAUGUCGUUUUUCCACCCUACUUCUAACGGUUUGGGGCAGCAACACAAAUACACCUCACCCCGUUCGAUGUUGCAACUAGCACCAGGACUAGCACCAGCUGCGCCCACGGGUACGGCAGCACCGGGUACGACAGCCGCUGUGCAUCAGCCCGCUGCUGCCAGCUCCGCCAGGUUCGCGCUUCCAAACGGGAGUCCUGCGCUAGGAAGUAGUACGUCGCAACUGGUGAAGAGCUCGUACGCGCCGGCGAGUCUUCAGCAGCACUCAACCCCGGUGCCAAAUUUUGUGCAGCAGGCUUCGCAUCAGCCGAUAGCCAUGAAUCCGCAGCUGGUGCAGCAAUUCCUGGAGAAUCCGGGCCAACCGCCAACCGCCGCUGCAGGAGGGACUGCUGGUGUGCCAACUGCGGCCGUCAAAUUCAGCUACCGAAACCAUGUUGCUGGUGCGGCGCCUGGUAGCGGGUUUGUGGUUCUUCCAGGUGCGUGUAGUUCAGGAGCUGACUCUGCGGCAAUUAUCCCUGCAGACGGCAGCCGACACCAGCCGGCGCGAAUCACGCGGAGUGCAUCCAGCAAGACAAGUAUUUGUGUGUAGGAUUCUGGAAGGCACAGCAUGCGCCGUGAGUCAACAUUGCGUGUCUUUGGCUUUGACAUUCAUGAGACAUGACUAAUUUUGUGCAAACUUUUAUUCUCAUCUCAAAGUCUGACCGGUUCCUGUUUUCGUGCAAAAUUCAUUUGCAUGCAAAAUCAAAAACAGAUUUUAUUCCCUAGGCGCUUGAAGGAGCAGGUAAAACCAAAUUUCUGUUAUUUCAGGUGGGAAAGAAUAUCGAACUCGAAACAUGACAAAAAAAAGCACAUCCACCAAAACCUGCAGGCUCGACGUCGCAAGAGCCUCGGCACGCGCUAACGUCGGGCCGCAGCUCCGCUGGAAAUGCCAACGCGAGCACAGGAGCAACGGCGUCGCCAGCGAAGAAGAUGAAACAAAAGCAGAGCUCACCUUUGAAGACGAAGAGUCAGAAGCACAGCGGAGGGAAGAUGAUCAAUGUAGGCGAAGAUGAGAAAAGAGAACACGAGGAUGAUGUGCAACAUGUUGCCCCACCGGGAACUACUGGUAAUCGAAUACAACUACCUCCCCGUAGUUCCCCUGCUGGAGUAGAAAGGGGCGGCGCGGUUCCAGUUUCCGGGCCAGCAGCACGACUCGGGGGCAGCACCAUAGGUAGUUCAAGCUCAGCGUCCACCUCGUCCGCGCAGCAGCAGAAUCUGAGCACCCGUCCGCGACGCCCGCCCGUGCGUCGGAACAGCGUCCCCGGACGCCCGACCGCGGAACAGGCACAGCUGCUGGUGGCGGGAAACGCGGGCGGAGCGGCGUUUGCAGUGCACCAGCCGAUGCAGCCGCAGCACGCACCGCAAGGAGGUGAAGAUGAACCCAGUAACGCCUCUGCUGGUCCACGAGCAGGAGCGCCGUUGCUGUUAUACCACCAGCAGCAAAAUUCGAACGCGUUCGUGCCCGCCGCUCGCACGACCGGUAUCGUGGGUCACAAUCUUAAUCUUGGAGCUGGUCCCGGUCAAUUACACCAGCUGCACAGCGGACAGGCUUCCUCUGCUGUGGCACCAGGUCAACGUACUUCUUCCACAGUGCUUGCAGGAGGGGGACCAACGUCUUCGAGCAGCAGUCGGGGAGAUUACAGUGUGAACAACGGUAGUGGUGGUCGUGGGGCUGGGGCGGGGGCCGCGUCGAAUAUCACGUCGGCACCUUCUGGUACAAAUUUUGGAGCAGGAGGUUCUUAUAUGAGUGGUCAUAACUUUCAAUACAAUCAGUACCAGCACCUGGCGCCGAUGGGACCGCUCCCUCGCCGCUCGGAGAGCAAGCCCGAGCACGUUGUCAGCUUGGAGGAGCACGAGCCGGAAGUGUAUGAUUUCCGACAGUCCACGGGCCGCAUCGUGAACAAAACGAACCGAAUGCAAAACGACAAAGAUGGUGAACCUCGUAGCAGCGACAGUUCCGCAGUGAAGCGCUUCUCCUCCGCGCAGCCCGCCGUAAGAACGGGGGGAAGCAAGAUGAAUCGGCAUAGCAAGACACCGUACAACUGUGGAGGUACAAGUGUUCUUACAACCGUUCUUACGACGAGCAGCAGCAGCGGCCGCGGCAUGGAUCAAGCUGCACUAGGAAAUAACGGGUCUGCGCUGAUGCCCAGCAUGUCUACCCAAGGAGUAAAUACUGUAAUGUGCUCCUCUCUGUCCCCUACCACACGACGCACCAGCGACUUCAAAGACUCUGCCAUGCUGCACAGUAACCGCGCCAAGAACCACAACUCGUCUACAACUCCGAACGGCCAACAGGUACAGCAUGCGGGCGGAGGACCAGCGAGCAGCACCAGCAAGACCAAUUCGAAAUCCAGUGCCAGCCCUGGCGCAGCAGGCGCUACGCGUAGCUCAUCUUCGAGUGGCGCUUCCGCAGCGGCGAGUCACGGAAAGAACCAGAAGGGUGCAAAUGCGAACGCGUCGGCGAAGGAGCAAGGGGAGCAGCAGCGUCAACACAGCAGCGGCUUUUAUGUGAACGAAAAAGAGCGAAAGCUUGAGAACGCGCUGCUAAAUAAGGAAACGCAGCGGCGGCAGGAGAGGGAGAUUGCACACCAAAGAAUCAACACGCUGCAAAUGGAAAACGAAGUCCUGAAGGAAAAACUAGACUGGUACGAGAAAAAUUUGCCUCCAGAAUACCACCACUUAACAGCUCAGGUAGCAGCUGUGAGUCAAGUAGGGGAUGAGGCUUAUUUUCAAGAAGCAGGAGACCACGACCGGCACCAGAUCUUGAGCUCAGAUUACCAAGGCGGUGUCUCGUCGCAAGGUGGUUCUGGUUCAGCGCCGUCUUCGAACCAACGGGAGAAGCCUCGGCCCCCGGUGUAUCAGGUGUUGAAUACCGGUCGGGGCGGCAGCGUCGAGCAGAAUCAGACACACUCCGCGUCAUCUGUACCGUCGAAGAGCAGUAGCAAUUCGUCCAGCUCGAUGCAACUCCGACCCGCGGAGCAGCGGCUGCAGGCUGAGUUGCAAGAAGCGUACGGGCAGAUUAAGGACUUGGAAGAGAAGUUGCUCAUCCAGGCCCGCGAACUGACGAUAAAACAGAAGGACUUGGAGGAUCUGCAAGGGAACGUCGCACUGCGGGAGCACCAAUCGAGUCAACAGCAGGUAAGAAAAAAUCCAGGUGCAGAAGUAGACCACCGAGCUCCAUCUUCGCAAAUAAAGCUGUCGAACCAGCUUCGGUUGUUGCAGCGAAAGGUGCAGGUGAUGCGCAAGAGCCACGAGCUCUUCAAGGAGGAGAUGGUACUGGUGCUGGCCCAGUUGAAGCCACGACUGAGCAUGGCCGCAAGUGGGGUCUCCUCUUCGUCCUCUUCUAGAGGUACUCGAAAUACUAGUGCCAACAACAUGAACCACGCAAUGGUGACUAUGGACCCCGUGGCGAAGUUGGCGCACUUGCUGCAGGACUACCGUCGGCGCUUGCUGAAGGAGCAGAAGGAUCGGCGGCGGUUGCACAAUCUCGUGCAGGAGUUGCGGGGCAAUAUCCGCGUGUUCUGCCGCGUGCGCCCGUUUCUAGAGUCCGACAGGACCACGCCGGGGACAGUCGGAAUAAACGGUGGCUCUUCAUCUUGGCAAGCGACCACGACCAUCAAUGCGGGUGCUGGCUCUACUUAUGCGAGUUCGACGUCUUCGGUGCUCUCCGCCCGCAGCGGCGGUGCGAACGCCGGCGCGAACUCCAGUAUCUACUUGCCCGAGGACUCCAUUGACGAGAUUCAGCUCUACAACGACUACACACUCACCACGAAAACGUGGCAGUUUGACCGCGUGUUCAAACCGCAAACGUCCAACGAAGAGGUUUUUGACAACGGUGUUCGAGAUCUGGUCACCUCCUGCCUCGACGGCUUCAACAUCUGCAUUUUCGCCUACGGACCCACGGGGUCGGGGAAAACGUACUCGAUGGCAGGCACGAAGCAGGAUCCCGGGAUAUUCCUGCGCAGCUUCCAGCAGCUCUUCGCCGAAAUUGAGGCGAGGAAGCCGCCGAAGGGAAAUUGGAAGUACUGAUCAGAUAGUGCUUUUUCGCUACAACGCGUACUCCUUUUCCAGCAAUUACAAUUUGUUAUCAUCUCAGCUGCACGACCCGAUUGGAUCCUGAGAAUCCUACAUGCGUUUUGUUUCAUAUCCUGUAUGUAACCUUUUGUGACAAAAGUUUUUGUGCGGUUCCGCUACUUUUUGUUUUGCAACAAAUGAUGCGAAAAAAUCUUCAAGCUACGGAGGUGUAGUGUUUCUUUGAAACGUGCGUCUGCGGAUUGGCUCCCACAGCCGAAGGGGGCAGAAGAGUGGUCGCAAUUUCAUCAUUCACGCAAAACUUAAACUACAGAUAUCGGGUGAGCGUGGGCAUUUUGGAAGUGUACAAUGAGGAGCUGCGCGACUUGUUGUGCGACAACCCGGCCGACCGCAAGCGGUCCAUCAAGAUCGAUACGUCCUCCGUGUCGAGUGGUGCGGGUCCCUCCUCAUCGCAGCAGCAGCAAACCAUGGUGCCGAACCUGACCACGUACGAACUGUCGAACAUGCAGGAGGUGUCCCAGGUGCUGGAGAUUGGGGAGCAGCAGCGCAAGACGGGCUGCACCAAUCUGAACGAACACUCGUCGCGGUCGCACUACGUCAUCCAGGUCUUCGUCGAGGGUUGGGACGUGCUGGCUGGCGGUGUGGAGAAGCAAGAAUUGUUGAAAACUUCUAACACGGGGGCACCAUCGUUCACAGCCUCGAGCAGCUCUUCGAACAACCAACGAGCAGCGAACAAUGCGCCGUCCAACAGCAAAGGAACUACCUCUGGUGGUUUAUCAACAACCGCCGGCGGGGCGUAUUAUAACAAGAAGUCGUAUUUUUUGUCGAAAAUGUGUCUGAUCGAUUUGGCCGGCAGCGAGCGGCUGAGCAAGUCCGGCGCCACCGGCGCGCUGCAAAAGGAGACUAAGCUAAUCAAUAAGUCACUCUCCGCCUUGGGCGACGUUAUCUCCGCGCGGCUGCUGAAAAACACCCACAUUCCCUUCCGCAACUCGACACUGACCUACCUGCUGCAAAACUGCCUGUCGGGCGACGCCAAGACCCUGAUGCUGCUCCAGGUGUCCCCCGCGGAUGUCGCGGAAACGGCCUGCUCCCUCGCGUUUGGCGCCCGGGUCAACGCGGUGGAAAAUAACCAUCAGGUCGUGGCGGGAGCGCCGGCGGUAGACAGAUAAAUCCUACUUUAGGAUAAACCCUUUUGGAGAUUUCAACCUUGCCGUGUUUGCGAAUAAGGAAUCGGAUGCUGCUGCACCGUGAGGCCUCGAUUAAUAUGUUGCGAGGAAGCACAACUUUUCACACUCGAU